AGCCAGCAUUGGAGAAAACUGAAGUACAGAAAGAAGAAUUACAGGAGCCUGAGGUGGAUGUGAAGCCCUUUUUCCUGUCCCGAGCUGUGCUGACAGGACUGGCAGAUGCCAAGUGGACAGGGGAGCAUGAUGCCAUUCUGGAACACUUUGCCCAGGACCCUUCAGAGCCCAUCCUCACCAUCUUCAUCGACCCCUGUUUGGGACUGAAGCUAGAUCUGGGCAUGCCUGUACAGGUGGGUACUCCACUUUCCCAGACUCCAAGGUGGCCCUCCAGGGAGCUGAGGGUUCUGCAUAUCUCCAUCAUCUUUGAUUCUUAUCUCCUGUGCCCAAGGUCUGUUGAGCCUCACAGUGUGUCAGACACCCUGCUUGGCAGCAGGAUACAGACAGGAAUGAGGCAGGGUUUUGCCUUUGAUGAUCUCAUGGUCUAGUGGGGAAGACAGACAUAUAAAAAUAUUUACAAUAUAUUAUGAUGCAUGGGCAAAGCUUUAUGGGAGCUUUAUGGGAGCAAGUAAUGUAGCCAGUGGGGUGCUGGCAAGGUUUGACAAUGAAGGUGAUAUUUGAGUUGAGUAUGAAGGGUAAGUAGGAUUUCAUCUAGUCUGCGUAAGAGCUGUCAGGUAAAGAACACUUUAUGAACAAAGAAAAGAGGAGUUGUAGGAAGUGAUAUUGAAAAGAUGGUUUUGGGUCAGCUUGUGAGGGGCCUUGUAUGUUAUUAAAAGAAUUUGUCCUCUAUCCCAAAGGGAAAUAUUGGAGGCUUUCAUGGUUAGAUAAAUAACUAUUUCAACAAUGUGGAGGAUACAUUAGUGAGGGGUAAACCGUAGGUAGGGAGCUGGUUAAAAGACAGAUGUACAUGUAAGUGCAUGGUGGAAAGUUCGUGAACUUAAUUGUCUGGCCUUUCAUAUAGUAAAAUGUUAGUGGUAGAAUCUGGAUGGUGGGUGUACAGGUAAUUAUUGUAAAAUUCUUUUACGUGUGUUGUAUGUUUGAAAAUUUUGGAAAUAAAAU